AUGCUCACUCCACGAGUCGCCAAAAAUUUGUUCCAGCACCUUCGUUCAAAUAUUUUGCCACGAAACGACUUUUUGCGACUGACACAUUGGGCAACAGUGAUUCUUAGAACUCGUCCUUCUUUAGUGUAUUUACCGCCACACCCAGGAACGCUUAUUGUUGGAGAUUUACAUGGACAAUAUAAUGAUUUAUUCCGCGUGAUUGGUGGUGGUAUUUCAAAGCAAAUAGUAUUCAAUGGCGAUUUUGUAGAUCGUGGGUAUCAAGGAAUAGAAGUCAUUACCGCAUUGAUGGCAGCACUCUGCUCUGCCCCAGACAAAGUUUUUCUUUCAAGAGGAAACCAUGAAGACCCCGACCUUCACAUCUUAUACGGGUUUAGAGCAGAAGCGUUUUCCAAAUACGAUCCUGAGACAUAUGGCUGCAUUUGCGAAUUCUUUAGAGCACUUCCAUAUGCACAUGUUAUUGGGAAUUCUAUAUUUGUCGUCCAUGGGGGACUUGCGCCAACGCCAUUCACUUUAAAGGAUGUUGUAGCUUUGCCGCGUGUUGAAAAUUUCAUGCAAAAUGCAGAUGUUCCUGAGCUUGCGCAGAACUUGUUGUGGUCUGAUCCGAUGAACGGGAAUGGAUGGGUGCCAUCCAUUCGAGGAAUUGGGUGCAAAUUUGGGACUGAUAUUACAAAACGGUUUUUGGAUGCAAACAACCUCGAUUUAAUCAUUCGAAGUCACGAAGUGAAGAUGAAAGGAUAUGAAUAUGCAUGUGAAGGGAGGGUGUUAACUGUAUUUAGUGCGGGGAGGUAUGGAGGAGGUCCGAAUUCAGCUGCGAUAGUUGAUGUCAAUUUUGAUGGAGGGAUGAAAGGGCCAAGCGUUAACGUCAUGUUACUUCCAAAUGGAGCGUUACCACCCAUCACCGAUGAAACGGUGCAAGUGGUUCUAUCGUUACUUGUUGUGACAUUCAUAGUGGUUGUGGAUUAUUUGAUCAUCUUAUUGUCGUAA